AGAAGAGUGUCUGAGUGAACGUACACCACACACAAGAUGAUUCCAGCCACUUUUAAACUCUGUGCGGCAAUCUCCUAUCAGCACGUCCGGACACUAACAGGCUUGCGGCACACGGCAGUGGUUGCUCUAGGGCACCAGCUGAAUCACCUCAGGCUUCAGAAUCAAGGGCCCAGCUCGUGGGUGAACCUGGUCUGGAGGAGAAGCUCCCUGGUCGGUUGCAGGCUUGAAGAGCACCCUUUCUCUGAGACAGAAAUGGCCUAUGUUAAGCAAGGUCAAGAAGCCCUGCACAAGUCCCUCUCCAUUCUCCAAGAUACAAGUGGAUGGAAAUCCGAGAUCGAAGCAGAAAAUGGCGACAAGGUGGUGAGUAAAAUGCUUCCGGAUGUUGGCAAGGUCUUCAAGCUCGAGGUUGUGAUGGAUAAGCCCACGGAUCUGCUCUACAAUGAGUUGUUUGACAAAGUUGAACAAAUGGGAGAAUGGAACCCGAACGUUAAACAAGUGAAGAUAUUGAAAAAGAUCGACAAGGAUACGAUGGUCACCUACGAGGCUUCCGGGGAGACAGUGGGCAACGUGGUUAGCCCACGGGACUUUGUGAGCGUGCGUUACGCCAAGAGACGAGGGUCGACCUGCUUCCUCGCAGGGAUGUCCACACACUGCGACAUGAUGCCUCAGCAGAACGGUUUCAUAAGGGGUGAAAAUGGACCAACCUGCAUUGUCCUCCGUCCGUCUGCAGACGAUCCGAACAAGACCAAGUUCACGUGGCUUCUGAGCAUUGAUCUAAAGGGCUGGCUGCCCAAGUCUCUCAUCAAUCAAGUUCUCUGCCAAACCCAAGCAGACUUUGCUCAACAUCUGCGCCAGCACAUGGACUCCAAAGCUGUUGCAAGCACUUGCUGA